AUGUAUGAUUCCGGUUCUGCACAUGCCAUCUUGAGCCUCCCCCCCCCCGCCACCCCGGGGGCCCCUUCUAGUCCUAAGUGCCAAGGCGUUUGGCUUUGGGACGUGACUACUCGUUCCAGAAGGAUGGUGGUGCAUCGGCAGCCACCCCUGCUCUCUGUCGGGGACCUGCUAGAGGAGGACGCGUCGUCCCACUCUACAGCAAGAUCGAAGUCACUUGCGCAGCGGGCGCCUCCAGAGAGAGAACGUGGCAGAAAUGAUGGUGUCGACCUGGCCUUCUGUGGCACGUCCAGCUGCACUGCGCUUCUCAUCAUUCACCAGCAACCAAACCAAACAGCAGUUAACAAACCAGCCCAGCGGGGGACACGCCGGUUCUAA